UCGAGGUCAGAUCGACACUGACGUACAAGGGUUGACACUGAUGUGGAUACGGACAUGGAUUUCGAUAUCGAUAUGGCUGUCGAUGAUGUACUGAAUGCUCAGCUCUUCUCUGGACAUGUGCCUUUCCGGGGCUGCGGCUUUCUGCCGUUUGCUUUGAUUGACGAUGGACGACAACGGAGCGGCCCGACCCAGGUCCUAGAGCAGUCUUGCUGCCGGUCGAAUGAUUUCUACCGAGGAAGUAAGGAUAAGGAGGAGGACAAGUCUGUAUGCUCUCCCCCCUCCCGGCCACCCCAGCACCAUUCUCCAUAGGAGGCGAGGCGAGGAGCCGUCGCCUUCAGCGGCUUUCGGAUUACUUAUACUGUGUGCUCAUAGCGGAGCUGCCGUAUGGAGUGGUCUUUGCGUGAGGGAUAAAUCUUGAGCGACUGGGGGCGGCGAAGCUGUAAGCUCGCGUUAGCUCAGAAUUUCGUCCCUGUGAAGCACUGGUCUUCCUUGUUUGCUCCCGGCGGGGGGGGUUGUGUUGGGUCUCUAUCUACCUGCGCCUUUUCUUCAAUCCUCGUUGGUCCAUAUGGGGGGCCCGCCGGAGGGCGACGAGAAUGACUCGCCCACUGCUCCUACUACCACUAUUACGAGCACGUGUGCCCUUCACGACCAUCUCUCUUCUAUCUGGUACCAUUUCCACGACACGACCUUAGAUAAUGGCGCGCUUGGACGUGCUGCAGCAGCAGGAGCAGGUUAUGCCAGCACAACUGAGCUGGCAGGAGGAGCGAUCCGUGUCGGGUUCGCCCCCGUGGAGGCUGUGAUUGCGCGAGGCACUUAUCGCUCGAUGAGGGCGCCUUUCGACGAGGAGUUGGCAGUGAAGGAGGUGCCACGUCAUUAUUUCUGCAUAAUCUGCGACCAGCUGAUGUCAGAGGCGGUGGCGGCGGUACCUUGUGGGCACGAGUUCUGCUCGGCAUGCCUGCGAUACUUCAAGGAAAAGUCGGUGGGCGAGCCGCUGUGCCCGAUCUGCCGCCAAGACAUGGCUAGCAUGCCUCUUCCCGCGCGACGCACGCGUGACAUGAUCUCUCGGCUGAAACUUCACUGCCCUUUCGGAUUGUCUUUCGACGUGGCGCGCGGCAGCUUCGUUCCCCUGCUGACCGUCGACGACGUCGUCCGUGCCGCGGCGGGAAACUUCUGUACAGAGAUUCUCGAGCUCAGCCGCAUGUGGGAGCACGUGGUUAACUGCCCUUCCCGACCGGUGGGCUGCUCUCAUCAGAACGAGGGCUGCCGCGAAGUGGUGCGCUUUGCGUCGCGGGAACACGAUCGUGUCUGUCCUUUCAAUUCCCGAUUUUGCCGAGUUUGUGGUUAUGGGAUUACCGAGGGGGAGAGCUUAGACGAGCAUGAGAAGUACACGUGUCAGGCUGUCGAAGUGGGUUGUCCGAACGCCAAUCUCGGUUGCAAGGAGCGGAUCGCUCGCGGGGACUUGGCGGCUCAUCGCAAAGUGUGUCCAUUCGAGCACCCGGCGGUCAAGGAGGCUAUUCUUUGCGCCGUCAAGCGGAAGAAUGGUCUGGAAGUCCGCCUCGAAGGUCUGGAUCGGGACCUGCUGAUGGAGAGAGACGAGGCCUUGUUUCACCGUGUGCUGGCGGAGUCGCUCGAAGGACAGGCGGAAAAGAUGCGGCGGUGCACCAAAAAGUCGGGCAGCGGUUCGGCCGUGGAAGGUGCGGAACCCAGCAGACGGCACUCGCUCGGGUCGUCUAAACCGUUCAGCCUAAUCGCGCGGUGUUUCGGCGGCGCGGCUCCUUCGCCAAGCAGGCAAGUACACUGGAAGGCAUGAUUUGCGCGGGAAGGAAGUGUGUUGAUGGUGGUGGAAGCGCUGAUCUCUGUGGAGGGGCGGGAACAGCUGUGUGUGUGCAUGUGUCUGGCGGGGCUCGGGUCGUCUAAACCCUUCACAGCCUAAUCGCCCGGCGGCGUGGCUCUUUCGCCAAGCAUGCAAGUACACUGGAAGACAUGAUUUCGGCGGGGAGUGUUGAUGGCGGGAAGGAAGUGUUGAUUGUGGAAGCGCUGAUCUCUGUGGAGGGGUGGGAACAGCGGUGUGUGCUUGUGUCUGCCGGGGCUCGGGUCGUCUAAACCGUUCACAUCCUAAUCGCUCGGCGGCGUGGCUUUUUCGCCAAGCAUGCAAGUACACUGGAAGGCAUCAUUUCCGCGGGAAGGGAGUGUUGAUGGCGGGAAGGGAGUGUGUUGAUGGCGAGAAGGGAGUGUGUUGAUGGCGGGAAGAGUGUGUCGAUGGCGGCGCGGGAAGGGAGUGUUGAUGGCGGGAAGGGAGUGUUGAUGGCGGGAAGGGAGUGUGUUGAUGGCGGGAAGGGAGUGUGUUGAUGGCGGGAAGAGAGUGUGUCGAUGGCGGGAAGGGAAUGUGUUGAUGGCGGGAAGGCAUUGUUGAUGUCGGGAAGGCAUUGUUGAUGGCGGGAAGGGAGUGUUGAUGGUGGAAGCGCUGAUCUCUGUGGAGGGGCUGGAACAACUGUUGUGCUUGUGUGUUGCUGGGGAGGAAGGAGGGUGGGGGGUGUAGAGUUCUGUGGAUUUGAAGAAGAAGAAACAGGGCGUGUCGGUGCACUGGUGAGCGGCGGCCUGGUAUGGUAUAUUACUUAAUCAAAUGUGAGAAAGGGUGGUCCGAAUUACCGUGCGUUUCACAUUGCAGUUUACGUGUGAUUGCGAUCGAAGUCGUGUGAGAUGACUGGGACGGUGAGGCGGGGGGAAAAGAGACACUGGAGAACGAAUGAAGCGUAGCGCACCCGAGAUGGGGGAGAGAAUGGGAGAGGGAGGCGAUGAAUGCUCUGCUGUGCACUGGUAACGGUGGUUGUCGUGAUGCGCCCACCAGCCUUCUGAUGAUAUGUUGAUAGUCUAUAGUCUAUUGUGUCAGCGUUCGGAGUUACUCUGCAAGUAGAUCGGCAUGUGUGUGUGUUCAAUAGAUGGAAGAGGAGAAAUAUCGACGUAGGUAAACAGUUCGAGAAUCCGGCAGGUAGACGGGAGCGCUUGGGGAAUGAUCACGUGAGAGGAGAGGAUGGAGGAGGAGGAGGUAGUGUGGAGAACUGGUUGUCUGAUCACUCUGCCUGCGCGGCCAUGUGGUUCGGGCACCCCGAAAGAAAUGGAGGACGUGCCUGCGAGGCUACGUGCUUCCGGCGCCUUUUGACAAG